UUCUCCAUUCCUUUCUUCUUUCUUUCCUUUUCUAUUUUCAUUCCAAUAAAUACUCUUUUUUUCUUUAAACUCCAAUCCAAUCCAACACUAUACACACUACUCCAUUCCAUUCCAUAAUCAUAUUCUUCUCUACCAUGAAUCCCAUUACCUUUUUAAUAUUUUCAUUGUUAUGUUCAUCAUCGUUUUGUUCUCGUUUGUUUCCCGAGAAAAUCACUUACAGAGGCCGAGAAAUAACCGAUUCCGAAACCAUUCCCCUCCAUUUUUUAGAGGCUCCAGAUUACAGAAACGGAUUAGAUUGCCCACUUCUUACAUUACCAUUAUCUUGUAAUCCUUUAGCUAUUCACAUAGCAAUGACUCUCGAUUCAGAGUACUUAAGAGGCUCAAUUGCUUCUGUACAUUCAGUUCUAAGACACACUUCUUGCCCAGAAAAUAUUUUCUUUCACUUCGUUGCUUCUGAUUCUGAUUCAAUAGAAAAUACCCAGUUUCUUAAUCGUGUUCUUCGUUACACUUUCCCUUCUCUGAAAUUCAAGCUUUAUUUAUUCAAAGAAAGUGUAGUAACUAAUCUGAUUUCAUCUUCAAUUCGUCAAGCUCUUAAUAACCCAUUAAACUAUGCAAGAAGUUACUUGGCUGAGUUGCUUGACUCGUGUGUUGACCGAGUUAUCUAUUUAGACUCAGAUACCAUUGUAGUAGAUGAUAUAAAGAAGCUUUGGGAGGUUACCUUAAGUGGGUCAAGAGUAAUAGGAGCACCAGAAUACUGUCAUGCUAAUUUUCAAAGCUAUUUCUCUGAAGAGUUUUGGUCAGAUAUUGAAAUGGUUAGUGAAGCUUUUGAAGGUAAUAAUAAUAAUAAUAAUGAGAAGAAAAGUCCUUGUUAUUUCAAUACAGGUGUUAUGGUUAUGGAUUUGGUUAAAUGGAGAGAAGGAGAUUACACUAGUAAGAUUGAGAAAUGGAUGAAGAUUCAAAGAGAGAGGAGAAUCUACCAACUGGGUUCUCUUCCACCAUUUUUGUUGGUUUUUGGUGGUGAGGUUGAAGGGAUUGAACAUAGGUGGAACCAACAUGGUCUUGGUGGUGAUAAUGUGGUCAACAAUUGUAGGUCAUUGCACCCUGGUCCAGUCAGUUUGCUUCAUUGGAGUGGUAAGGGAAAGCCAUGGGUGAGGCUUGAAUCCAAGAUGCCUUGUCCUGUUGAUUAUCUUUGGGAGCCUUAUGAUCUUUACAGAUCGUAUGAUGAACAUCAUGAUCAAAAUCCAAAACAACAAAUUGACAGUUGAUGAGGAUGUUUUUGAAUUUAAUUUAUUUUUAUUUGAUUCAUUAUUAAUUAUUAAUUUAUUUAUAUUUUAUUAUAAAUAUGUAGAUGAAAAGAGUGUAUAUAUAUCGAGAUACAACAAUGUGAACAGUUUUUGUAUUCACAUAAAUGAUUUUUCUAUUGAAAUUAAAACCACUUCAGUGGUUGAGACACAGAUUUUGACACCCUGUUCAA